UAAUUUCAAAAUUGUAUUCAAUUUCCCAUUUUAUUUGUCUCCAACCCUCCCUUAUCAUCAUCCAUUUGCAUUACAUUUGCUCCCCUCUCUGCUCUGCUCUGCUCUCAGUAACAGAGCAAAAUGCUGGCCACACUCCAACCCCCACGCACCCUCUCCCGCUUCCCUCUCUACUUAACCUCACGCCCCGUCACUCUCUGCACUCUCACCGCCCAAUCCCCACCUUCCACGUCACCACCAACCCAACCCCCACACUCCCAAAUCCUCUCCAUCCGCCACUCCCUCCUCACCCGCCAAGUCACCGCCGUCCAACUCGCCGAGUCCCACCUCUCCCGCCUCCGGCUCACGGAGACCCACCUCAAGUCCUUCCUCCACGUCUCUGACUCCGACGUCGUUUUGCGGCAGGCCGCCCUCUUGGACCAGAGGAUCGCCAGUGGCGAGGAGGUGGGCCCGCUCGCCGGAGUGGUGGUCGGAGUCAAGGACAACAUAUGUACGGCCGAUAUGCCCUCCACCGGUGGGUCCCGCGUGCUCGAAGGGUAUCGGCCGGCGUACGAUGCGACGGCGGUGAGGAAGAUAAAGGAGUUGGGAGGCAUUGUGGUUGGGAAGACCAAUUUGGAUGAGUUUGGCAUGGGUAGCACCACUGAAGCCUCUGCUUUUCAGGUGACUGCAAAUCCAUGGGAUGUGUCUCGGGUGCCAGGUGGAUCAUCAGGAGGCUCUGCGGCUGCUGUUUCUGCUAGGCAGUGUGUUGUGUCACUGGGAAGCGAUACUGGUGGAAGUGUAAGGCAGCCAGCAUCAUUUUGCGGCGUUGUUGGAUUGAAGCCAACGUAUGGACGUGUCUCAAGAUAUGGACUGAUGGCGUAUGCGUCAUCGCUUGAUGUUAUUGGCUGCUUUGGUUCAUCAGUUGCUGAUACUGGGAUUCUUCUUCAUGCGAUUUCUGGCCAUGAUAGACUUGAUGCCACGAGUAGUAAGCGAGAAGUUCCAGACUUUGCAUCUCAAUUUGCUUCCAUAAAUUUGUUGGAAUCUAAACCAUUGAAGGGACUGAGGGUUGGUGUGAUACGUGAAACUCUUGAUGAAGGUGUUGAUACUGGAGUAAUUUCUGCAAUUCGUGGUGCUGCUUCACAUCUAGAAGAACUAGGAUGCUCUGUAACAGAGAUCUCAUUACCAUCUUUCUCCCUUGGGUUGCCUGCCUAUUAUAUUCUUGCAUCAUCUGAAUCAUCCUCCAACUUAUCUCGUUAUGAUGGUGUCAGGUAUGGGAACCAAGCUGUCGCUGACGAGCUAAACUCUCUUUAUGGGGAUUCUCGAGCUAAAGGAUUUGGUCCUGAGGUCAAAAUGAGAAUUCUUAUGGGAACAUAUGGCCUUUCUGCUGGUUAUUAUGAUGCAUAUUACAAGCAUGCCCAGCAGGUGAGGACCAUAAUACGGAAAAGUUUCAAGACAGCACUUGAUGAAAAUGAUAUCCUAAUUUCACCUGCUGCUCCAUCUGCUGCUUAUAAGAUAGGUGAGAAAAUAGAUGAUCCAUUGGCAAUGUAUGCAGGCGACAUCAUGACUGUCAAUGUUAACUUGGCAGGGCUACCUGCAUUGGUUUUGCCUUGUGGAUUUGUUGAAGGGGGAACGGCAGGCCUUCCAGUUGGUCUUCAGAUGAUUGGUGCAGCAUUUGAUGAGGAAAAGUUGCUCAAAGUUGGUCAUAUCUUUGAGCAGACUCUUCAAAAUUGCAGAUUUGUCCCUCCACUUAUAGAAGAUGACACUGCAUGGUAGCUACCAAUGAUCUUUGAUGAGGAUAAAGACAAUUUGUAAUGCCAUUGCAUCCAUUGAUUGGAGAAUUUUGAGUCAUCAUCAAUUUGCACAUGACAGUAUUCAGAGCCAGUAAUGCCUAGAUAAACUUCUGAUGAAGUAUUUUAGUAGUGGUAGUCAAAGAAUUAGACAAAAAUCAUGAUUUUGCCAAAUCUUCUUUGAUGAUGAAUAAAAAAAAGAAGCAAAAAUAGAUCAGCCCCUUAUCCAUGUUACCAUGAACCUUGAAAAUGUUCACUGUUUGAAAUUACAGCGUUAUAUGUAAAUUAAGUCAGAUUGAAUUUUGUACACCAGCUUCACUACAAAUGAUAUCAAACGUGCUAGGUGUGUUAUCUUGUU